UAUUUAAGGUACUUUCCCUUAAUGUCCCAUAGUCUUGGGACAUCCUGUAUAACAGAGCUAUAUUUCUCUUAGUUAAGUAGAUAAGCCUUAUAAUAUCUCCUUUACGAGGAAAAAUAAGUAUUUGCAUUGCAUUACUUCCUCCUGCCAAUAUUUCCACCAAAAUCUCUCCCCUGCAUUCGCACCGUGUCAUAUCUCGUAUUCCCAGGUCCCACUAUUCUUAUUGCUACAAUAGUCCUUGCACUUAUUCAAGUUAUAACGUGACCUUGAGAGCCGUAGUAGCUAUGAGUGAACUGGGGGUCACUCUUAUACUGGUGAAUUUAUAUAUGGCUUGGGAAUUAAUGCCAAGCACUGUAGCUUGCAAUAAAUCAGGAUCCAUUACAAACACCCGAUCGGAUGUUGUGUUCACGAAACGUUUUGUACACGACGGUAUUUUAUAACAAUACAAUAAGGUCUACCACUUAUUUCAGACGGUUCUUUUAGUAAAAGAUAUCUGACUUUUGGGACUAAAACUAAUUUGGUAUUGUCACGUUACAUUACAUACUUAUUUAAUAUGACACAAAUCCGCUUCAUGCAGUCUUGAACCAGGACUAGCUAACCAAAAUAACCUCUUAAAAAUAGCCACAGUUUAACGAUAGAGAGAGGCAGGACGCAUUCGGCGGUGCUUUUGACCCGAGUACCAUUCUAGGAUUUCAGCUCACUUGCUAUCUCCAUCCUAUAUCGCGCUCCUUAUCGAAGGCCAAAACUAAGGGCUCCCGUGUGCCUUCUUUUGCAUCCAUGGGUUCGCGGCUAUAGGUAGUACUAACUUGUAAGUAAAUCAUGUUAACAUGCUCAAUUGAAUAUGCAUAUGUUAGGGAGCUUAGAUUUAUACUGGUCGGUCUAACGAUAUUUGUCUCGUUGUGAAUGACAGCACGGCUCCGAUGACAGCUCUCCCACAAUUUAUUGACAGAUUUGCCGAUCCGCUUCCUGCUAUUAUGUUUUAUCAAAUUACGCCCCGGCGGAUCAUUUGAGGAACGAAAAUUUGUUGUUACUGAGGAUUUUGUAGAGCAAAAACGUUUAAUCUUUUUUCCCCGUAGAAUUUACUAUGUGUGAGUAUCCUUAUGAAGCUAUGCAUUUAUAAUCCUAUGAAGUGGUUAUGUAAACAUAACGUGCCUUAAUCUGUCGGUUUAUUUACAUAACAGGCCUUUUUGUCAUCAUGAGUGGACAAAAAACGUAGCUACAAUAAUAUCGUAAUUACACGGCAUAUCAUUUAAAUCCGUUUGUAUGUCAAUCCUACUCAUUUACAUUACCGCAAAUCAGCACACCGUUUAUGACAAUUAUUGCAUUGGACAGUACACGUUUACCAAGUAUAAUUAAUGAACUGGUCGUUAAGGAAGAAUGUGCUUGGUAACCUUUUGUUUACAAAAAUGUAGUGAUACGCGAAGUGCGAACCGAGACUGACGCGCCAUGGAUUUUACCGGAAAAGUUGUCAUUGUUACUGGCGCCAGUUCUGGGAUUGGUGCUGCCUCCGCUAAACUCUUCGCUGCUCACAACGCUCUUCUAUCCAUCGUUGGAAGAAACGAGGAAAGACUACUUACAACGGCCAAGGCCUGCGAAGAAGCUAAAGGGAAUAAACCUUUAUGCAUACUCUUGGAUCUAACCGAACCUGGUAGCUGUGAAAAAUUAGUAAAAAAGACUGUGGAUACGUUUGGAAAGAUAAACGUGUUAGUCAACUGCGCUGGAAAGUUAUGCUGUACAUCGCUCUUUGAUAACUCCAUGGAAAUUUUCGAUGACCUAAUCGCGCUUAAUCUUCGAGUGCCAUACAAUUUGACUCAGCAAUGUUUACCGCAUCUACUCAAAACGAAGGGUAACAUUGUGAACGUGUUCAGUGCGCCUAUGCGAGUGCGACCUGGCUUCCUACCAGCUAAUAUGAUUAGAGAUGCCUUAGAAAGAUUCACGAAGUCAAGUGCUUUGGAACUAGCAGCAGAAGGAGUGAGAAUGAACGCUGUAAGACCAGGCUAUACAAGAACGAAUUUUCUGAAGAAUUUGAACGUGGAUGAUGAAAUCAUGGAUGAUACUUACGAGCUGAUAGCUGAAGUUUUGCCCACCAGGAAGGUUAUAGAGCCGGAGGAGAUCGCUAGGAUGGUGGUUUUUACCGCCAGUGACACGUUGCCUAAUUUGAACUCUGCGCAGAUGAUAGUAGAUGGUUCCGCUUCGCAGUUUUAAAAUUAUUUUAAUUGUGACUUGUCAUUUUUUUGUAUUCUGAGAUAUGAGUGUUAUUUGAACUAGUUUUAAGCCUCCCACGAACCUAGCCGCUGUCAUACAAUCGAAGUUACUCUGACAUUUUGAAAUAACAUGUUAAGUGACGUGAACAUUCAAGUAACGUUGAUACCCAACAAAAACAUAAAUGUGAAAUGAGAGCCAAGUUCAAUAUUAAGAAUAUGUGUCGUUGUUGACUCACCGACAAAAGAAUUAAGAUCUAUAAUAUGGGUGCCAAGGGUGGCUAGUUUUUACAAACAAACCAAACAACUAGCCAAGACAAAUCCUUUAAAAUUUCAGGGUUUUCUACUCAGCACAGAACUUGGCACCCAAAUACAUCCCUGAGAUAUCAUUACUUUUUGUAAAGAAAUUACUACACUACAUAUAAAUCAUGAAAGUAGUUUUGCCCAAGCUGAAAAGGAGACCUUUGCUAACGCUCGGUCAAUUGUUAAAAAAAUUCAGGUUUCAGAUUUUUCCUUUGUAUACGCUUAAUAGUCUACCUUGAUGUCUAAUUCCAAGUUUGUAGGUCAUCUGGAAGUGGAUUCGGUUAUUGGAUGGGUUUUUGAUCUAUAUAUAAGUCAGUCAGUCACAAAAUUGCCUCAAAAAUUCUAAAUUCUAAAUUUUUCUUGCAAUUAGGCCUCAAGGGCUCUUUUAAAAGUCAAUACAACAUUUAUAGUAACAUCAUAUAGUUAUAUGAAAAUACCUGGGUAAACAUUACAUUAUAAUAAUCUUAAAAUAAAUAAUUACUACAAUACAAUAGAGAUGUAUAGUGUCUAUGGUUAAAAAUACAUUAAAUCUGGAGAUGGAAAAGGUCCCCAAUGUCAGAGUACUAAUACGAAUAAGAUUUGGAGGUGUAAAGUUUCUUCAAGUGUAAAAAUAAAAUUUAUACUAAAUUAAUAAAUCGCGUCUGGACUGUUAAGCUAGCAGUCUCAUAAACAAAUGCUACAGAAUACAUAACAAGUAUGUACCAAGUCAAGUAUAUAAUACAAUAUUACAGAGACGUAUAGUCUCCACGGUUAAUACAUUAAGUUUGGAUAUGUAUAAGGUCCCGACGGUCUGAGAAAAAUAAUAAUACACAAUAAUAAUGACAUUAAUAAGCUUUGGAGGUGUAAUGGCUCUCCAAGUGUCAAAGAAUUAAAUAAUAAAAAAGUG